ACAGACCUUCAGUUUACAAGACUGACGCUCUACCACUGAGCUAUAGGGGCGAAUUUGCCUGUGUAACUCAGAGUAUUUAUUUGUUUAUUUAAAACCAUGAUGCUGAUUUUGUCUCCACGACUGCCCUCGCGGUCUCGGCUAUUCCUUUCUCCUUCCCUGCCCACCAGUCCACCGCCGCCGCCUCUCCCCCCGUCCCCCUCUCCCACCUCCUCCAGUGGCGGCCAGCAAGCAGCCAUGGCGAGCCCCGCGCGCAUCGACGUGGAUAAGCUGAGCGUGGAGCAGCUCAAGGCGCUCAAGGAGCAGACCGAUCUGGAGGUCAAUCUCCUCCAGGACAGCCUAUCCAAGAUCCGCACCGCCGCCACUCGCCUCGAGAACGCCACGGCCGCCCUCCACGAGCUCUCCCUCCGCCCCCAAGGGAAGAAGCUGCUCGUGCCGCUCACGGCGUCCCUCUACGUGCCCGGCACGCUCGACGACGCCGAGAAGGUCCUCGUCGACGUUGGCACGGGCUACUACAUCGAGAAAACUAUGACUCAAGGAAAAGAAUACUGUGAAAGGAAAGUUAAUUUGCUGAAGUCCAACUUCGAUGAACUACUUGAGAUGGCGACCAAAAAGAAGAGCAUAGCAGACGAGAUGGGCAUGUUUCUCCAAGCCAAGCUGAGGCAGGCAUCGCCGAGCUCGAGUUCAUGAGAGCAGAAUGCGCACCCUGUCCCUUGCUUUACUGGAGCGCCAAGGUGGUUCGCUCGCAGCCCUCAGGAAACACAGGACGUUCUUUAGCUGUUUUGGCCGUGUGUACGAGGUUCUCUCAGAUGGUUUACUGAACCAGCCUGCUCUAUCGCCAGACUCAUCAUCGAGUAAUUUGGAACUCGGUGUCAAACGUGUGUCUUAGCUGUGUAGUCUGCACUUUAAUGGCUUUGACAAUCAGUUAUGAUUUUGUUGUAUUUUGAUGUUUGGAUGCUUGGUUUCGUUUUCA